GUCUCUCUCAGGGACCCAAACUUGUUUCAGGAAAAAGCGCCUGAACAUAUUUUUUUCUCUCGCUGGCUGGAAGAAACAGGACGACCGUGUCCGUGCCAAGGAGAAGGCGUAGACUUCCUCCAAACAUUUCCUCCGCCAUCUCCGCUUUCGAGACUCAAAGUUUUGAGGACUCUUUUCUACCAAGAGGAGUUUUUAUCUGGCUUUUCCUCCUCCUUGCACCACCUGGUUGUUUCUUUCUUUGAAAAGGAUUCCUGUUCUUCCUCAAACAUUUGAGCUUUUUUGCAGACAUGGACUGGGGAACAGAUCUUUGGGACCAGUGUGAUCACAUCGACAAGCACACGCAGUCGGGCCUCGACCUGGUGGAGCGUUACAUCAAGUUCGUAAAGGAACGGACAGAGAUAGAGCAGAGCUACGCCAAACAACUCAGGAGUCUAUCAAAGAAAUAUGCCAAACGAGGGAGCAAAGAGGAGCAAGACUGCAAGUUCAGCAACCACGCAUCAUUCCAGGAGAUCCUGAACGAGCUGAACGAUUACGCCGGCCAGCGGGAGCUCAUCGCUGAAAACAUGAUGACCGGCAUCUGUGUGGAGCUCACCAAGUACCUUCAGGAUAUCAAACAGGAACGCAAAACACACCUGUCUGACAUCAAGAAGGCCCAGCAGAAUUUAGAGAGCAGCUUUAAACAUCUAGAAAGUACUAAGAAGCGCUUUGCCAAGGAGUGGGCGGAGGCUGAAAAAGCCACACAACAAGCAGAGAAAACAGAGAGCGACCUCAAUGCUACCAAACUCGAUGUCGAGAAAGCCAAGCAACACGCCCAUGCCCGCACACACACGGCAGAGGAGUGCAGGAGCGACUAUGCAGCACAGCUCCAGAAAUACAACAAGGAACAAAACUUCUUCUACUACACAGAGAUACCGCAGAUCUUCAAUAAAAUGCAGGACAUGGAUGAGCGGAGGAUUCGGCGGCUGGCGAACGGCUACUGUCAGUUUUCAGACAUUGAGAAGAAGGUGCUGCCCAUCAUCUCCAAAUGUUUAGAGGGAAUUUCUGCAGCAGGGAUGAAAAUCGAUGAGAAACAGGACUCGAUACUGUUCAUAGAGCAGCACAAGUCUGGUUUUGAGCGACCUGCAGAUGUUGAGUUUGAAGACUACAGCCAUGGAAUCAAACCAGCAACCUCUGACUCCAGCCUCAACCCCCCCAAAGUGCGCGCCAAGCUCUGGCCUUUCAGCAAGAAGCACAAGACAUCGCACGCCGAAAAGCAAAUGCCGCCUCCUGCGGAAGAUUUCUCUCACCUUCCUCCUGAGCAAAGGAAGAAGAGGCUGCAGUCGAAGAUUGAUGACAUCAACAAAGACCUGCAGAGGGAGCAGGACCAAAGUGAAGCACUGGAGAAGAUGAAGGGUGUGUAUGAACACAAUCCACAGAUGGGAGACCCCAGCAGUCUGGAGCCUCAGAUCUCAGAAACUGCCCAGAAUAUUGGACGCCUGAAGGGGGAGCUCGCCAAAUAUGAGGCGUGGCUGUCAGAAGCAGUGGGAGGAGAGGAAUCCUCCAACGCCAUCAACAAUAAUACUCAACAUGGUGUUGUAGCAGCCGAACAGUGUCAGAACAUCUACACAGAGUUUGAAGACGAGUUUGACGACAUAGAAACUCCUGUUGGCCAGUGCACGGCUCUGUACUCAUUCGAGGGCAACAGCGAGGGCACCAUUUCCAUUACGGAGGGAGAGCUGUUGAGUGUAAUGGAAGAGGAUAAAGGAGAUGGAUGGAUGAGAGUCCUUAGAGCCUCUGGAGAAGAAGGCUAUAUACCUUCAUCCUAUGUCAAACUCACCCCGUAACAUACACAUACACACACACACACACACACACACACACACACACACACAAAAAAAAAAAAUCUUGUGAUGGAAAGCAAGUUAAGAGCCAAAGGUGAAUACAAAGUCAUCCUCGAUAAUUGGAGCUGUUCUCUACAUCUUUUAUCUCAGCCAGUGACGUGUAUAGUGAGAUGAAAGUGAGCGAUUAGAAAGCUUGUUAUCGAGGCUGAUUGCAAUAUCAUACAGUCGCUUUCUCCGCUCGCUGCAGACAGAGAGGCAGACCGUCUCAUCUCUAUAUAUUUCAGCUCUUUUAAAUACAAACUUUAUGAAUGUAUACCUGAACUUUCUUUUGUCACAGUGUUAAGUGACGACUCAUGUAACAUAUUCAGCAUCAUAGUAGCUUAAACGCUACAUUGCUUUAUGUUCAUAUAUAUCCAUUCACUUGACUUUCCCACUGCCCUCUCCAAUAACCUGCUGAAUCUUUCCUUUUUGGCUCUCUGCUAAAACCUCUUUCCUGACAGAAUAAUGUGAGUUGUUUUUUUAUCAUAUUGAUGUUUUAAGACUUAUAACUGGAUGAAAACCACUACUCUAAAGGGAGUGCACAAAACAGAUAAUAUUUUUUUCAGUGGAGGUUCUUGGUAAAGCACAGGUUCCCAUUUUUUUUAUGUCUGCUUUAAAACACUAGUCAGAUGCCCAUAUGGUUAUUGAAAUAGGUUUUGCUUGCUGUGAUAAUUCCUCUUGUUCAUACUGCACCUGAGAGGACCCUUCAUAAUGUGCUUUUUAUGUAAGCGAUGAUGGAACAUCUCAAGUUUUUCUGAAACUAAAAUGAGCCUUUUUCGCAAUUUAAAGGAGUACUUCACACACAAAUUGGUCAUUU